AUGCUCCGGGUUCGAAACCUCACCGGACGCGAGCUCGUGACGUCUACUGAAGCGGAGGUUGCUGCCUUGGCCGAUGCACACGGCAGCGUCAUCAGGGGCAUUGAGCAGCUCUUAUCCCCUCUUGUCGGCCAGCCAUGCUUUCGACUGAAGCUCCUUUGCGGAGACGCUGUAAUGGAUCAAGACGCCGCCUUGAAGCUGCCCCUUGAGUUGCAGGUAGCCGUUUCUGACUUUGCCGAGUUUGAUGCAGGCGACGUUGACCGGCUUUCAGACGCCAGUGAAGCAAAUGACGCUGCUGCGGUUGAGGCCUUGCUGCGACGCCCGCAAAACCCAGAUUUGGUGGAUUCCCAGGGUCGGACAGCGUUGAUAGCGGCCGCCGGUAGUGGGGCGCUGAAGAGUCUCAAGCUACUCGUGUCCGCGUGUGCGGACCUCAACAAGCCUUGCACGCCGACUGGUGCCACAGCUGUCUUUACAGCAAAGAACGGCAUGACACCUGUCAUUGAGGCAGUUGACCGUCGUCACCUCCAUGUCGUGCGUUUUCUGAUUGAAAAGCGUGCCGACAUUGAUAGAACGAGCAAACGUGGCUUGACGCCUCUCUUCCUCGCCAGUCAGAAUGGUUACUUUGACAUGGCGAGUUUACUGAUCGAGAUGGGCGCCGACAAGAAUAAAGCCAUCAAUAAAGGCGCGACGCCUCUCGCCAUUGCAAGAGGGAAUGGUCACCUUGACGUGGCAAGCCUUCUGAUUGAGAACGGUGCGGAGGACGAUGGUGUGGCGCCAGGCAGGGGGGGUGGAGUGUUUGCUAAGUAA